UGGAGUUUUUACCGAAAAGAAAAUUGACAUUAUGGCCAGCUAAAUUUACUUAUAAAGUUAAAGAAUAAGCAAGUGUUCAUGGUUGAAGAAUAUAUCUUUACGUGAGGUGAAAGUAGAGCGAAAAUGUUGAGUUCAAUUUUACCAUUCCCACUGUCAGAAUUUGGAUUAUUGCAUCCUAUGCCAUUAGAAGGACAAGGCAGAAUAAAUCAGUUGGGUGGUGUCUUCAUCAAUGGACGCCCACUUCCAAGUCACAUACGACUCAAGAUUGUGGAACUUGCGGCUCAAGGCGUGCGUCCAUGCGUUAUCAGUCGGCAACUUCGAGUAUCGCAUGGUUGUGUUUCCAAAAUUCUGCAGCGGUACCAAGAAACUGGCACAAUCCAACCUGGAAUGAUUGGAGGCAGUAAACCUAGGAUAGCACCGUCGGAUAUAGAGCAGCGAAUAGAAGAACUGAAGAGAGAAAAUCCCAAUAUCUUUAGUUGGGAAAUCAGAGAUAAACUUUUAGAAGAACGGUUAUGUGACAAACGAACUGUACCGACUGUUAGUUCCAUUAGCCGUGUCGUACGAGCUAAACUACAAACUUCAGAUUCAAGUGAACAGCAGCAUGUAUUUGUCGAUGAUAAUGAUGAUGAUGGUGAUAAUGAUGAAGAUGACGACGAUAAGGAUGGAUAUAAUAUGGGAAAUUCUUCAGAUAGAAAUAACUUCAACACCCAUCAAGAUUCAACAAACACGACUACUACGGCAAUAUUACAGAUAAAACGUAAAAUGCGACGUAGUAGAACAACGUUUUCUGGACAACAAUUAGAAGAAUUGGAAAAAACUUUUGAAAAAACACACUAUCCAGAUAUUUAUACCCGGGAAGAACUUGCGCAAAGAACAAAACUAACAGAAGCUCGAGUUCAAGUGUGGUUCAGUAACCGACGUGCAAGAUGGCGGAAACAAAUAGGCAGCAACCAGAUAAUGGGUGUUAAUUCUCUGAAUAUUGACACUAACCCUUCAUAUUCCUUACUGGAUACUUGUGAAGCUUUGGUAAAACAACGCCAACACCUGGAUUCAUGUCUUCGUCAACAACCAAUUUAUUCUGGUUUAAUGGGCACACAUGUACCACAAUCUUAUCAGAGUCCUUUAAGAGGAUUAAAUAUGAAUGGUGUAAUACCAGUUAGUACUGUAAUGGCAUCACAGAUUAGUUCCAGACCUACCACUGUUAAUUCUUUUCAUCAUCCUAAUUUCCUACCAUUGCCUACAAACUCUCUAUUACCAUCUAAAUAUUGGAAUUAUUCGUAAAAUAUCUAAUUGUUCAAUAAAUAUAUAUAUUUUCGUUAAA